AUGGCGAUGCAAUCUCCUCCUCCACCCCCGUUCGCAGAUUGGCCGCCUCCUCUCCCCACGGCGAUGGCGGACGGCCCCAAGGUCAUCUGUAAGCGGCGGAAGCCAGCGGACAGCCUCACCGAAGACCUCCUCGUCGAGAUCCUGUCGCGUGUGCCGUACAGAUCGUUGUGCCGCUUCAAGUGCGUCUCCAAGCAGUGGCGCGGCAUCAUCUCCCACCCCGACAACCGCAAGGUGCUGCCGCAGUACCAUCUUCAAGAACUCGCCGGCUUCCUCUACGAGCGCCAUUACCUAGUUCGCAAUUUCGCCCGUGUCUCGGCGGGAGGCCGCCCUCGUAUCCGCCCUUCCCUCCCCUUCCUGCCUGGCUGUGAUCACUUCCACCUUCUGGACAGCUGCAACGGCCUACUCCUCUGCCGCCGCUUCGAGACCGCUGAUUCAUGGGAAUUUGAUUACGUCGUGUGCAAUCCUGCCACGGAGAAGUGGGUCGUCUUGCCCGGCUUCUUCAGCAUGUGGCACACAGCUCGCUUGGGGUUCGACCCGGUUGUCUCCUCGCACUUUCAUGUGUUUCACUUCCUGGAUGAUGGACACGUCAAAGGGGUUGAGAUCUACUCGUCCGAAACCGGGGCCUGGAGUCACAAGGACAGCGGUUGGGGCUUCCCAACUAGGAUAGCGCAUGAUUCUAAAAGUGCAUUUGUCAAUGGUUGUCUGCAUUUGAUCGCCGCCGAGGAUGCGGUGGUGGCAGUGGAUGUGGAGGGAACUACUUGGAGGGUUAUUCCUAUGCCAGAUGAUCCGGAUGCCCCUACAAUAGAUCCUGCUUAUGGGUUCAUUGAUCUGUCUCAAGGGCGUUUGUAUUUAGCGAAUACUGAUCAACAUGAUAAGUAUAAACUAUCGAUCUGGGUUCUUGAGGACUAUGACAGUCAAGUGUGGGUCUUGAAGCACAGUGUCAGAUAUAUUCAUCUACUUCGAGUGAAGUAUGCCCAUCUGGGAAGCAAGUAUCAUAUUGUCGCCCUCCACCCGCAACGAAACAUGAUUUUCUUUGUUUAUGGGCAUCACAAAAGACUCAUGUCUUACGAAAUGGAUAGUGGGAAAGUGCAGCGCAUCGACUAUCUUGGACAUGAUUCCGUGCUACCCUACCUUCCUUAUGUUCCCUUGUACUCAGAGGAAUUGGCAGAUUGGCACUGA